CUCCGGACGCCUGGCUCGUCAUUAAGACGAAAACUACUUCCAGGUCAAGAAACUACGCUGGUGCCCACGUGAACUAUCAAAGUGUACAAAGCAAAGCAACUAGACCUGCAAAGAGACAUUGAUCAAGAGUCCCUUCCCAGUCAGCCAGUCAAACCCUGGACAAGCCAGAGGUCUGUUGUGGUGGAGAAGCCAGUGAAAAUGACGAUGGAGGAAGACAAGAGAGAGGAGCAUCAUAUAAAGAAGAAGAAACACAAGAAAGGACAAGCUGCUGUGCUUGAAAACAAAAACUGUACUGUUGAUGAUGGGAGCCUAGCAGAGGUGAAAAAAGAAAAGAAGAAAAGAAAAACAGUUGAGACAGUAGUUACAGAUGAGGAGCUGUUGGAUGGAGGCAGUGAAAAGAAGGAGAAGAAGAAAAAGAAGAGGAAAAUUGUUAAUGAAUCAGUGAAUGAUGCCAAUGGUUCUGAUGCCAUGGAGUCAGCACAAGAUGAAGGAGUCAGCAAAAAGAAGAAGAAGAAGAAGCAGCUGCAGCUGGCUGAUGAUAUGAAUCAAGUAGAAAUUGCACAGAGUUUAGUCACAGAAGAAAGGAAACAAAGGAAAGAGAAGAAAGUAAAAAAUAAGAGUGUACAAAUUAAUACUGAAAAUGUAAAGAUGGAGGAAGAAGAAGAAGAAGAAGAAGAACAGCAAGCUGUAAAGGAUAAAGUACCAAAGAAAGCCAAGAAGGCAAAAAACAAUAUUUUAGCUGUAAACACAGAGGUGACUGAGGAGCAAAGUAAAGAAAAGAAAAAGAAGACAAAGAAAUCCAUUGUGGAAGAUACAAUUGUAGAUAUGGAUGGGAUAACUAAAACCAAAAAGAAACCUAAAGUGGGUGAGAAUGGAGUGAAGUUAGAAACACCAGACGGCGAAACUGAGGUUGAGGAGGUAAAAAUGAAAAAGAAGACAAAGAAAGAGGUGAAAAGUAAAGAAGAAAAUGGAGCAGAAACAUUUGAGGACAAAGAAAACAACAAAAGGAGCAAAGCAGCUUCAAGCAAAAAGUUGAACAAGGACAAUAUGCAGAAAGAGAGUGAGAUUGUUAUCACAGAGGAAGGAAAGACUGAGCAAAGGAAAAAAGGAAAAAAAGAAAAGGGUAGAAAAGCUUCAGCGGAGGUCAGCGAGGUAGAGGAGAUAGAGCCAAAGAAAAAGAAGAGGAAAAAGGAAAGCCCACAAAGAGAGGAUGAGCCAUUAUUAAUGAAAUGUCAAGAAAAUGAUGAGGAUGGGCAAAGUAGGGAAACAGUGGCAGGUGACACAACCAGCAAGAAAAGCAAAAAGAAGAGCAGCUCUGUCCAGGUGAAACAGGUGGAGAAUGAUGAUGGAGUUGAAAGUGGUGCAAAAAAGAAGAAGAAGAAGAGAAAGAUCAAAGAAGAGGUGGAAGACCAGCAGGAGUCUCCCCAAGUGGACGUGGUGUUUCUGUCAGAGAAGAGUGGAAACACUGAUGAGAUCAACAUCAACCAGGAGAGAAGAAAGGCUCUACAACUGGAGAUUGACAAGGCCUCCCAACCUGAAAAACCAGCCAAACCUUUGGGUUUGGGUCAGUGGAGCACCGCCCAGUUCGACAGCUCUCAACAGCAGCAGAAGUUCUUACGCUUGAUGGGCGGCUUCAAAAAGGGUUUCCAGCCGGCUGAAGCAGGCGCCGGACAAGCAAAUAUGGCAAUGGGGAAAAACGCACAGCAGCAGUUACAGCAAGGGCUUAUGGGAGAGUUUGAGCGCGCUCACUCACGCAGAAUGGACUUCAGUAACAGGGGGGCAGGUCUUGGGUUUUCUGCACCAUCCAAUAAGAAGUUCUCUAUCGACAUCAAUGCAUGUCGAUCUGUCCGCUUUGACAAUUGAUCAGUGUGAUCAAUGGGUUUUUUUUGUUUGUGUAGUUUUAACUGUUGAGUCAUUCACUGAGCUUUUUGCUCAGCUUCACUGGAAGGACUUGUAUAUAAAGCUAAUAAUGAACACACAAUACAAAAGCUCUUUGUACAUAUUGUAUAUUAAACAACAUCCUGCUUGAGGAGCUGGAAUGUUUUUACAUAAAAGCUCGUAACUGAGACUGACCAGUUGCUCUGUAGAGUUUGCUGUGAUUUCAAAUGGGUCACUAUUAACAUUGUGAUUGUGUGAAAAAGUUGUUUGUAUUUAACUUUUCUCUGUUGAAGAUGUUCCAGACUAAGAAUUUGACCUUUUUUAAUUACUUUUAUACUAAUAAUGGCAAAAAGUGACUAAAAACGUAAUACACGUUGUUAGAUCACACACAGAUUCCAUCCCUACUGUUACACAUCUAAUAGCCUGGUGUU